GUGCAGGGCAAGUGCAGGGGACGGUUGGGUUCUGGGUUCUUGUCGUCGCGUUGAUUUGAUUCUCGUGGGAGGGCAGAGCAGAGCCGAGCCCGACACGACACGACAGAGCCCGACACGACACGACGAGUGUGCGAGUGUGCAAGCCUUUACACCUGGAGUGCCGUGAGCCAGUGCUUCAGCUCCGGAGCCAGCACGGUUCGUUCUCCUGCGCGCACACGCUGCAGAAGGAGUGGCAGGCGGGGUAAUCGCUGUUGUUCUAUCCUCCCUGCCCUCUCUUUUAAAUUGUAAGAUUUCGUGUCUGAAUGAAUACAGCGCCGAGCUUCUCCCAUCGGAUGUAACCUUCUGUGAGCCGCCCAAGACUCUGUUCCGAGGAUAUGUUCACAGCUAAUAUCCAUCAUUGGACUGCACACUUCCACAGCUCUCUUGACUGCACAAAAGUACACAAAGUGCUGGGGUAACUCAACAGGUCAAGCAGCAUCUCUGGAGAAUGUAGAUGGGUGACGUUUCGGGGCAGAUAUUAAGGCAGAAUAGGUUGGAAUCCAGAAGAAGCCUAUAUAUUCUUCAUUUCAAACUACAUUUUCUGUGGCUUUUUCAUCUACAUUGUCAGGGCACAAAUGACAAAUUUUCACUGACAAGUUGGCGUUGACAAGUUCACUAUUAACCUUGUGCAAAGAGAACAUUGAAAAUAACUGGCCUGCAGAUAUCCUGACGUUCGUGCGUGAGCAUUUGCAGAGGGAAUCAUGCCGGCAUUAUCAACGGGCUCUGGAAAUGAUUCAGGUCUGUAUGAAUUGUUGGCUUCCUUGCCAGCCCAGCUGCAGCCUCAUGUGAACAGCCAGGAAGAUCUGACCUUCCUACGGGAUAUGUUUGGUGAAAAAAGCCUUCAUUCAUUAGUGAAGAUCCAUGAAAAACUUCAACAUUAUGAAAGGCAAAGCCCGUCACCCGUUCUUCAGAAUGCAGCCACUUUGGCAGACGAUCUCACUGAGGAUCUGCACAACACACCAAUGAACGUUGAGAUAAGAGAACUGUUGAAACUUCUGUCACAGCCACAUCUCAAGGCUUUACUGUCUGUUCACGACACAGUGGCUAUGAAGAAUUAUGAUCCCGUAUUACCUCCAAUGCCAGAUGAUUUUGACGAUGAUGAAGAUUCAGUGAAAAUUAUUCGACUUGUCAAAAACAAAGAGCCUCUGGGAGCAACAAUAAGAAGAGAUGAACAAAGCGGUGCCAUUGUUGUGGCAAGAAUAAUGAGAGGAGGAGCUGCAGAUAGAAGUGGUCUAAUCCAUAUUGGAGACGAACUGAGAGAAGUUAAUGGAAUCGCAGUUGAAGAUAAAAGGCCUGAGGAAGUAAUUCAGAUAUUGGCUCAGUCACAAGGAGCAAUAACUUUUAAAAUAAUUCCUGGAAUUAAAGAGGAGUCCCCAACUAAAGAACGUAAGAUGUUUGUCAGGACUUUAUUUGAUUAUGACCCUAAUGAGGAUAAAGUUAUUCCAUGCAAAGAAGCUGGGCUUUCUUUCAAGAACGGAGAUAUUCUUCAGAUCGUUAGCCAGGAUGAUGCAACCUGGUGGCAGGCCAAGCAAGAGUGUGAUGCCAAUCUGAGAGCAGCACUGAUCCCAUCAAAGCAGUUCCAAGAGAGGAGAUUUGCACUUCGAAGACCUGUGGCAUUUGUUCAGCCACAAAGGAAUUCCAAUAGACGAUCAUCUGGUCUCCGAAGAAGUUUUCGGUUGAGCAGAAAAGACAGAAAAACGAAUAAAUCUAUGUAUGAAAGUAAAAGGAGUGAACAGUAUGACACAGCAGACGUUCCAACAUAUGAAGAAGUUGUUUCUUAUCAGCAUCAUCCAAAUGAAAAAUAUCGGCUGAUAAUUCUUGUUGGUCCUUCGGGAAUUGGACUGAACGAGCUUAAACGGAAACUGUUAAUUUGUGAUUCCCAACAUUACGGUGUGACAGUUCCACAUACAACAAGGCCAAAGAGAAGCCAGGAAACUGACGGAGUGGAAUAUCAUUUUAUUUCCAAGCACUUGUUUGAGACAGAUGUACAAAAUAAUAAGUUUAUUGAAUACGGGGAAUACAGAGGGAACUUAUAUGGAACAAAUAUAGAUUCUGUUCGAUUUGUCUUGGCCAAAAAUAAAGUCUGCUUGUUGGAUGUACAAUGUCAAACAAUAAAACAUCUGAGGACAUUGGAAUUUAAACCAUAUGUGAUAUUCAUCAAGCCACCAUCGUUUGAACGCCUCAGAGAAACCAGGAAGAAUGCGAAAAUCAUUUCAUGCAAAGAUGACAAAGGCCCUGCCAAACCAUUCACGGAUGAUGACUUUCAAGAAAUGAUCAAAUGUGCAGAGUUGAUGGAAGCACAGAAUUCACACCUCUUUGACACAAUUUUAGUUAAUGAUGAUCUUUCAGUUGCCUAUAAAGAGCUGAAAGCAAUCUUGGAUGAUCUGGAGACAAAACCUUUCUGGAUUCCAGUCAACUGGCUACAUUCAUAAAGUCAUGAUGUGGAAUAAUGAUAAUGGACAUUGAAUGGAAGCCUCGUAAUAUUGAAUGCCGUUUCCAAGCAGUUGGUGGUGCUUUGAAGUAAAACAUUUGCCACUUUUAUUUUGCACUUUUAAUGUCCAAUAGCAAACCAUGUUACUUUUGCUAAUCAUGAGCUUUCAUCUACCUGAAAUGAGCAGUGCUAAAAUGUUUUCACUACUUGGGGAAUAAAUGUAGACACGUUCUGAUUUUACUACUGAUGUAGAUUGUGACCUUUGAGGUGACGGGUUUUAUUUUUUAAAACACUGAAAUAUGUGUAUUUUAGUAAAUUAUGGGUGAUAUUUGUUUUAAGUCAAAGAAUGUAUAGUUUAGGUUGCUGAUGAUGAAAAUGCAAUAUAUCCACCCAGAGAGCAUUUGAUAGUUCUGUUUUAGCAUGUCAGCAGAACUAGAGGAAUUGUUGUGUGUCUUGUAUAAUAAAAUGAAAACUAGUGAAAUACCAAAUAAGAGAAUUAUUUGGAAAAUUUGGUGUUUGACCAUGUUGACAUAUUUCAAAAGGUGUUGGUUAUUAAUGCAUAUACAAAAUCUGGUAUUAAAUCAUGCUCAACAUUCCAUUUAAAUUCACCUCACUAAUGUGCUGAUAAUGCCACCAGCAGUGCUCUGUAAAUGUAUUUUGUUGGGUGAGAUGCUUAUUGUUUGUAAAUUAGGGUUUUAUUAUGACAGGAUUCUCAGAUAAAAUAGAUGUAUUUCCUUGUCUUUUAAUUUUUUUUUAACUAUUCUCCCAGAUUAAUAAAUUACCCAAUUUUAUUUCCGUGUGGUGUUUUUAAUGAGAUAAAUGGUUAAUCUUUCAGAUAUGCCAAGCAGCUCUAUAAAAAUGUUACUCAGUUGUAAUGUGCAAUUUUAAGUGAACUUGAUGUACUGCAAUAUGUACAGAUAUUAAAAUCUUGUAUUAUCUUUAUCAGAUUUAAGUCUAUCUUU